AUGUCGAAACAACAGCCAAAACAACGCACACUCGAGUUCUUCUUGUCAAAACCAAAACAGGGACAAGCAGACGAGACUGCUAACAAAAAUACGGGAAGUGCUCCAAAGCCAAAGACGGCAACGAACAGCACGUCAAGCUCGACUCUACCAAGUUCAGAUUCAAAGGAUGCCAAAUCUUUGGCAAAGCAGCCAACAUCGAGCAGCUCUGGGUCUAACCAGGACCAGAAAGUUCGAUCCUCGUUAUCUUCGCGUGGUCAAGAUGACCGAGAUGAAUCCCCGCUAAACUCCUUUGCCCUCUCGUCUUCUCGUAGUGUCGCUAGCGACGCGCGUUCAAGGGCGAGCACGGCGUCACGCGAAACACCCCCAGCGAGCGAAGUUAUGGAUCUCGACGGUAUGGAAGAAGAUGAAGAAGAGGAUAUUCGUCCUACACGCCUCAAACGCAAGCAUGCUCUGACUGUUGAUUCCGACUCUGAAGACGGCACGAAUAAUGCUACCAAGCGCGCGCACAGUGUCAAAAGGAAGAGCGUAGAUCUCUCCCAAUUCGAUGCAGGGUCAAGCGACGACGUGAAUACCGGGAAAAAGGGCAAGGCUCUGGCGCGUCCGACGAAGCGCCGCAAGACUUCGACUGCCGACGACGACUUUAUCGUUCCAGAUGACGAAGAGGAAGAAGACGAGCCGGUCGUGCUCGAUUUUAACGUAUCUGACGAAGACCUUGGUCUCUCCAAGUCCAAAUCGCUCAAAAAUUCCAAGUCCAAGUCAUCCCUUCGAACCAGCGACGAGGAAGAUUCGCAGCCCGUAAAGAGCAAAGCACGCGCCAAGGCGCCUCGUCCUUCCAUUUCACACAAUGCAUCUUCGAAUAACAGUGGCUACGGCAUGCUUACCGCGGCAGAGCAGAGAAUCCAGAAUCAAAAACAGGAAAAGGAAAAGGAAGAGAAGCCAUAUGGUUUCCUCGAAGACGUUCGCGAUAAAGAUAAUCGGAGGCCGACUGACGAAGGUUACGAUCCUCGUUCCCUAUACAUUCCCAAAGAGGCGUGGAAGGAGUUUACCCCAUUCGAAACUCAGUUUUGGGAGAUCAAGCGAGAUCAUUAUGAUACAAUAUUGUUCUUUCAAAAGGGAAAAUUCUACGAGCUUUAUGAGGACGACGCCCGAAUCGGUCACCAGCUCUUCGACCUCAAGCUCACGUCACGCGUCAAGAUGUCGAUGGUUGGCGUGCCAGAAUCCAGUUUUGACUUUUGGGCGAACAAGUUUCUCGCAAGAGGGUACAAAGUUGGCAAGGUCGAGCAAGCCGAGACGAGCAUCGGUGCAGAAAUGCGAGCCGCGGCUGGCGCUGGAAAGGGCAAAGGAAAGGAACUCGUAAAACGCGUUUUGAACAAGGUCUUCACGACGGGAACGCUGAUGGACGGCGAGUAUCUUAUCGACGAAGAGGCUAGUCACUGUGUUUCCAUUCGGGUGAGACUGUCUGCUGCUCAGAAUGAACAAUCGUUGACGGCUCUCAAGGAACAAGGGGAAAGCAAGUUUGGCUUUGCGAUUCUCGACAGCUCGACCUCGGAGUUUAAACUUUGCUCUUUUGAAGACGACGUGUGUCGGACUAGGAUGGAGACUCUCUUGCGGCAGUUAAGACCCAAGGAGGUCAUCGGCAAUCUUUCCGUCUCAACCAAUCGCUUGCUCAAAAACGUCCUCCCGGGAAGCUGCGCCAUCACAUCUUUGCGGCCCGUAGAAGGCUUCGACUAUCAGACGACUCUCAAGGAACUAUCGAGUCUAUAUCCGUCACCGGAGGAUGACGACGAUGGCUCAGGCGCUGGUAUGCCAGAAGCUAUUCGAUCCAUGAUAGGAGAGGAGGCGCCUAUUAUUGCUUUAGGAGCCAUGAUCUGGUAUCUUCGUACCCUCAAUAUCGACGCUGCCCUGCUCUCGGCCAAGAACUUCAACAUUUACGACCCGAUGCGCCGUGGUGAAGGAUUGGUGCUGGACGGGCAGACAUUGGCGCAUAUCGAGGUUUUGAUGAACAGUGAUGGCUCCGACGACGGGACGUUGCUCAAGCUGCUCGGUCGCUGCGUGACCCCUUUUGGCAAGCGUCUGUUUAGGAUCUGGCUUUGCACCCCUCUUCGCGAAAUCAAGCAGAUCAACGAUCGACUUGAUGCUGUAGAGGAUCUCAUGCGACACGAUACGUUUGAAAAGGAGUUCACGGACCUCGUGCGUGGUAUGCCAGACCUUGAGCGUAUCGUCUCGCGCAUCCAUGCUGGGACCUGCAAAGUCAAAGACUUUCUCAAAGUUCUCGAGUCCUUUAAGAAACUUAACAAUGGGCUCAGUGGCUUGGCCGAAAAAGCGUCCUGCUUUGACACACAGACCGUCGCUGGCUUGCUCCGAUCGGCACACGACCUCAAGCCGUACCUAAAGGCUGUUCGAGGGAUGUUCGUUCCGCCUUCUAACGACAACUUUGAGCUCAUCCCUGAGGAUGGAGUUGAUGAAGAAUACGACACGAUCGCAAAGGAGAUCCAUGACAUUGAAACAGAUUUGGAGCAGCGACUUGCGAGACUCGCUAAGAAGCUAGAUAUCAAACUCGAGUUUUGGCACAGUGCGACUGGGACAAAGGAUAUUUACCUCGUACAAGUUAACGCACCAGACAAAAAGUCGGUUCCAAAGGACUGGCAGAAGCAAAAUGAUACCAAGGCAAAGGCGCGGUUCAUGGUGCCCGACUUUGCGGGUCCGAUUCGAAAGCUAAAAGAGGCGCGAGAGACGAUGAAGACGGUUGUCAAGGGGUUCACGUCUCGGCUUUAUGCAGCAUUUGAUGCCGAUCGCGACGUUUGGUUGCGGACUGUACGGGUGACGGCCGAGUUGGAUUGUCUGCUCAGUCUCGCCAAGGCGUCUGCGGCUAUCGGAAGUCCGAGUUGUCGACCAGAGUUUGUGCAGAGUGAUAAAGCGUUUGUCGAUUUUGAAGAGCUUCGUCAUCCUGGCAUCGCUAUGGCUUUGGGAGCGAAAGGAGGGGCCGACUUUAUUGCCAAUGAUGUCAAGAUGGGAAGCGACGGCAAGCAGAGGAUCAUGCUUCUUACAGGACCGAACAUGGCUGGCAAGAGCACAUUGAUGCGCCAAACAUGUGUCGGUGUGAUUAUGGCACAGCUUGGAAUGUAUGUCCCAGCAACAGGAGCAAAACUGUCACCAGUCGACGCUAUUCUCACUCGCAUGGGUGCAUACGACAAUAUGUUUUCCAACUCUUCUACGUUCAAGGUAGAACUAGACGAAUGCUGCAAGAUUCUGCGCGAAGCCACGCCCAAAUCACUUGUCAUCCUUGACGAGCUCGGUCGCGGCACUUCGACGUUUGACGGCAUCGCGAUCGCUGGUGCAGUUUUACAUCACCUCGCCACGCAUACUCUUGCACUCUCCUUCUUUGCAACUCACUAUUCUACGUUGACAAACGACUAUGCGUACCACCAGAAUAUCAGUAUGAUGCACAUGGCCACGGGCUUUGAUGACGAGAACCGAGAGCUCAUUUGGCUAUACAAGCUAGUCGAAGGGGUCGCACCGUCGUCGUUUGGAACACACGUUGCCAGCCUUGCCGGUGUUCCAAAGGACGUUGUAGAGCGAGCAGAUGUCGUGUCCAAGGACUUUGCUCGACAGUUUGCAGAACGACUCGCUGGUCGGACUGUGGGGCGUGUGCCUGUUACGGCGCAAGUCGACUUGGCGUAUCUCGCAAAGCUGGUGGACGGCACAGUCAAGCUCAGUGAUGAUCCAGAUGAUGCAGAAUUAAGCCCAGCGAGCACUGAAUCGAAUAUGCACCGCGAUCUCGAGGCGCAGCUGCAGAUGUGGACAAACCUCCAGUUCAAUUCGAUUCCAGAAGAAUUGGUAUUCGCACCUGAGCGGGAUACUGCAUCCAAGAGUCGCCACAAGGCGCUCAACCCGCAUCUGUCCGACCUCUCGUUCUUUGGAAAUGUCGGCGCCGCAGUCUCUCAGCAAGACUCGACAGCCUCUGCUGCAUACGAGAGAGCAAAACAGCAGCAAGCCACCCUUUUUGCGGCUGCCCACGCACACUCAAUGGACGAUUUGCUUGCCUGGGGUAUCUACCCUCCGAACUCUGCGGAUCAGCUUUUCACAGCCUCACCAGUUGCUGACAGCGUCGAAAGUCCGAUGCUCGAUCCUCUGCUUCAGAAUCUUGGACAGGGAAGUCGAUUCGGGUCUUCGCCGGGAACCGGUCUCCCGCCUCUGACUCUCCGCGGUAUGGACGCAAAAGCGAAGCAGCAGCACCAGCAGCAAGCUCGACCAGUCCAGACCAUUCCCCCCGCCACAACAAUCGAUCCAGCGACGACGGCGAUCAACCCACCACCAUCCAAAAGGGCCAAAGUGAGACGACCACCUGGCGGAUUUGGGAUCGCAGGAGAUCAUAAUUUGGAUCACCACCUGGACGAGGAUGAGGACAUGCCAAAUGGAGAGGACAUGCACGACGGCAAGACGUCGGGCGGCCCUGCCCUCUCUCCGGCCGAGGACAAGCGACGACGAAAUACGCUCGCGAGUGCGCGAUUCAGGUUGAAGAAAAAGGAGCGCGAGGCCGCGAUGGAGAAGCGUGCGAAGGAGCUCGAAGAGCGCGUUACGGACCUCGAGCGCGAGUGCGAGAGCUUACGUAAGGAGAAUCAGUGGCUCAAGAGCCUCGUCGUAGGCGCCACGACGGGCGAGGAGAGUGUCCCACAGAGCCAGAUUACGUCGCCUGCCAAUGGCGUUGUGGAGAGUGCUGGGAGUGCCAUUGGUGCCGCACUCGGGGCGCAAGGCAAUGUGAUUGACAUUGAUGAGCUCGUUCAAGUUCUCAAGGCCAAGGGCGCCGUCAUCACGUCCUCGACGGGAGGGUCCUCCUCUGCACCCGCUGGCUCGACCUCUGUACCUGCGCCGCCGGCGACUGGCAAGCGAAAGCGCGGAGCAGCGACCUCGAUCUAA